AUGCGCAACGACUCGGUGAUGUUCCCGUAUAUACCCAACGUCGAAAAUCAAUUUCCGGUUAAGCUGAGCAUAGAGGACAUCCUCGCUAUACAGAAUCUGUACGGGUCUCACGACGAUGAAAACUAUCCAACGAUUCCCGCAACCACCAUUGCACCCGCGACGACGACGAGCGUCGCGACGACCGACCCCGCGCGCGCGGAUCUCUGCGCGUUGCGGCGCGUAGACGCGGCGCUGAUAAUGAAUCGCCGCUUGUACAUAGUUAAUCGCCACAACGUAUGGUCGGUCGACAUAACCGAGAGACGCUACGGUAGACCCAUGACGCUGACGGAUUACGCGACGUUUUUCCCGGCAAAUUUCACGCACCUGAACACCGCGUAUCGAAGACUCUCGGGCGAUCUCGCGCUAUUCGUUAACGAUUUGAUCUACGUCGCGGAAUAUCCCAGUUUUAAGCUAAAACCGGGUUGGCCGAGAUCUUUCCAUAAUAUCGGACUUCCCCGAGACGCUAAGAUCAACGCCGCGAUAAACGCAUACGGGACGAACUUACGCGAUCUACGACGACGACAAAGUAGCGGAGAUCGAUGA